CAGUGAGCAGGUAGAGAGGGUGUCGAUGAGAUCCCAGGGGAGCGAAACACAGUCCGGGAGAAAGACUUUUAGGACGGUGUCAUAACUGCACACGGAGUCUCUUCGCUUUCUCAACUUUAAAUGGGGUUCACCCGGAGUUUGGAGUGCUUUCAUUUCGUACUUUUUGUAGAGUUUCUAACCGGGAUUCGUUGAUGGAUUUUGAUAAACAAUUAAUUUUCCCCUCGGGUGUUCUCAGGAGGAUCGUCUCUCAUUUCUUACGGUGCAGCGGAGGCAGUGAACUCAGGGGAACGUCUGUGUGAGUGUGUCUGCGAGUGAGAGCGGCUUCUUUUUCACGGUGACUUGAAAUGAAAUGAAGACGGUAAAAAAUAAGUCGAUGUGUCCGUUAGGUUCGGUUUUCGGACCCAGUAGAGCGUCACAAGUGAAGUAAGACAACGGGUCAUUCCGCUUGGUUAAUAAUUAGACAGAACGGAUGGAUUUAACAACUUCUUCAAGCACUCUGUUUUUUUUCAAGCGAGGUUGUAAAACAAUUCGUAAUUACAUUUAUAUUACUCAACGUUGUGGCACUGCUGUGCGUCAGCAUGCCUCUUAACUUUCCAGCAGCAACCUGUAGCUCAGCCUUUGAAGUUUAAGCCGUCUCUGCUUUUCCGUGUGUGGAUUCAUACAGAAAACACAGCGCCCGGGGGGUGGGGGGGGGGUUGUUUUUGCCAACUCGUGUUUGGUCGUGAACGUGUGCGAUUCGGAAGAUAAAGUCAACGCCGUGCACAUUGUCAUAUUCCUAUAAACUCGGAUACGGAUAAAUAAGGACCUGCCCUUCUUCUGGGGGAGAGAGAGAGGGAGAGAGGGAGAGAGGGAGCGCGUGCAGCAGCGGAACACGUUACGAACGGGGACAUGUGUCGCGUUGUCUGGUGAAGACCAGGCUGCUGGGAGCCCGCCGCUGCUCCUCUUCUGUGACACUGGAUAAACGUUCUUUUCAAGCUCAUUGCAGCUCGAAAGGGGCAGUUUCUGGGUUUUUUUCCCCCUUCUAAAACAACGCGCUUUCGUUCCAUGUGGCCACAAACCGGAGUCGAAGGCGCUCGUGCAACGUGCGGAGUUUGAAUAUUAACUCUGGUGCUGAAAGGACGUUUUGGCACAUUCGAGCACGAGUUAUGAUGACAGUCCUCCGGCUUUAAAAGUUUGGAUUGUAUCCGUUUAGCACUUUUUCGGCGCGGGGACGAGAAGAAGAAGAAGAAGAAGUGGGACGUGUGCACAUAAGUGAAUAUAAAUAUUCUCUUCGCCCGUCUCUCCGCGGCGCUCGCCUGCUUUGAAGUCCACCAUGUGCGGCCGGGCACCGCCGCUCCAGCCGAGGCCAUGAGCGUCCCGCAGCGGCGCCUGGCCGGGCUCUGGCCGUGGCUGCUGAUGGCGGCCCUGCAGGUGGUGCUGGGCCAGCCGGGCCUGGAGUCCGAGCGACCCCCGCUCCGAGCGGCCAUCAAGGUGACCGUGCUGAACCACGAGCCGGCGGGGAAGCCCAUCACUCUGGAGGGGGAGUUCGUGGGAGGAAGCGCCGGCUACGCGAAUGGGAAACUGAUGCAGUAUCACCCUCUGUCCCUUUGCAACACAAGCGAGGAUGAGCGUCAAGAGAGUGACGUCAUCACCAUUGUCAAACUGGAGCACAGGGUUUCCCGAUGUCUGCCGCUGCUCGAGAAGGCUCGCAUGGCGUUGGACAAAGGAGCUCAGGCAAUAAUCUUCGACGUUAGUGAUGACGCAAAUGCUGCUGCUGAGCUGCGGGAAAUAGACUCCCUUCCGCAUCCAGUUGUGCUGGUGGAGGGGGAGAACGCCAAAGAGUUGAUGGGUCUGGUCAACAAGAACGAGGAGGCCACAGUUCGCAUUGAGGUGAUGGCGGAGCAGUCCAGAUGGCCACAUUAUGACGUGGGUAUCCUGCUCACCAUUGUCCUCGCCAUUCUGACCAUCGUCCUGAUCUUUGCUUUCCGCUACAAGUGCAAGUCCAACAGGACUUGGGACUCUGUCCACCAGCAGACCCUGCAGGCCAUCAGUCGACUAGACACCACGACAUACAGCUCUCAGGGCUGCUCGGGGUCCCAGCGCCACCGAGCGCCUUGGGGGUCGGCCAGCAGCUCCAACUCCAGCCCCGUCUGCGCCAUUUGCCUGGAGGACUUCCAGGACGGGCAGCAAUUGAGAAUCAUCUCCUGUGGUCAUGAGUUCCACAAAGACUGCGUUGACCCCUGGCUGCUGCAGCAUCGCACCUGUCCCCUCUGCAUGCACAACAUCAUGGGGACGGAGCGGCAUCCCCAGAGGACCAGACUCCAUCAGAGUACAGAGCAAAGCCAGAGUUUCCUGCACGCUCAGCCUUACAGUGGCCCACGCAACCACCUUUCCCCCCAACAUGCCAUCCCGUUCUCUAUGAGGCCCCACUAUCCUCGCGGACCCUCCGGACCUUAUCCUUCGCUCGGCCAUUACACGGGCCCGUCCACCAUGGAACCCCAAACUCUACAUUUCCUCGCCAGUAGACCACUUUCUGCUGGCUGCGGGUACCACCUUCCCGGAGAGGGUCCCGGGAGGCCCCACAGGAUUGGAGGGAACUGCAGGACCUCUACGCACCACUGCACCCCCCGGCGAUCCUGCCAAAAUUAUCGCUCCUCCUGUCCAGCCCAGCGCAGUGCUUCCAGCUCACGGCUGCACCACCCCACCUCCGUCCCGCCGCAGCCCCGCGGGGCGCCGGCCCACAAUAGGCAGGACGAUGGCAGCUGCUCGGGGGGCAGCUACCACACGGAACGCAGCGGGUACUUGGCCGAUGGGCCGGCGAGCGACUCCAGCUCGGGGCCCUGCCACGGCUCCUCCAGCGACUCUGUUCUGAACUGUACCGACGUGUCCCUGCAGGGGGUUUAUGGCAGCUGGUCCACCUUCCGCAGCUCUCUGAGCAGUGACUACGACCCAUUUGUGUAUUACGGGCCAGGCUCUGGCCUGGAGGCAGGCGCCCAGGCCCGGCCCAGGUCUCUGGAUUCUGUGGUGAACAAAGCUGGCUGCCCCGAAGAGCAGCCGCAGACUGUGUUCAGCCACAUCCACUACCACCGCCACAGACACCACCACUAUGAGGAGGGGGAGCACAGCCAGGGCCCGAGCAGAGGCUCGGACGAGGAGCAGGGGACCACCGCCACUGUUGCUUCUGCACCUGCUCCCCUCGUCGUUGAAAGAGACGCGUCUGUCUGCCCUCCUAAGCACAUCGCCUGCCAGUGCCCAAAGCCCGACCCCACAGAUCGGCCCAGCGCUGGGACAGAGGUCCAGGACCAUGACCCCAGCAGCCCCACGGGACCUUCCGUACGGGUGUCCUCCAUCCCUGUACAGCUACAGCCCCACUGCUGCCACCAGGGACACGGACACCCUGCAGCUCCUCUCGGGCGAGUGGGUGGCUGUGUGCUCGAUGGCCCCUCGGUGCGCUUCCACCAGAGCCUCGAUCUGCAGGACGACCGUAGCAUCCACAUCCACUACGGUCAGGGCCCAGGCUUCUGUUGCUCGCCUCCUGAUCUGCACCCGGCUUUGCUACCCGUGCCCCUCAUCCUAGACUCUGGAGGCAUGGAGGACUGGCCUUGCUAUGCAGGGGCCCAUGUUGUGUGGCAAAAACGGGUGCAACAGGCCCACUCAGAGCCUCAGCAGCUGGGGCCCGGGACCUCUAUGGACAGGCCACCAUGCGGGUUCCACCACGGCCCUGCUGCCGACACAGACAUUUGUUUGUACUGCCAAACAUUACACCACAAUCAGGGAUCAGAAGAGGAGUCUGGUGUGUGAGAACUCGUUGCAUCCCCGUUUUCAUGCUGCUACACAGGAGCCAGAAUGGACAAGCCUCUCAUUGGCUAUUGCUCUCGUGUCUUCCACUUAAUUCCACCAGCAAUGCCUUCGUUCAGACGAUUACCCAGCUUCUUAAAAGCUCACAUGGUGAAAUUCUCUUUCAUCUGAGUUUGAUUGAAAUCCACGUGAUUUAAUAAUGCAAAGAAAAUGCACCCGACCCUUUAUUAUCGGAAAAUAUAUUGAAUUUUAUGAAUGUUUGUGAGUUGCCGGGGAAACAACUCAACACCGUUUUUCUAUUUGUCCUUAUCAGCACUAGAAAGGCAUUAAUUACCAAAUUAUUUCACAAGUUCCUAUGCUCUUUAGUGACAAGCAACGAAUGGUCCUCGCUCAGGGUGUUGAGCCCUCGUGAAGUGAGACUCCAUCUCUGCGUUGCUCGUCCUAUUGCAACAUGACUUGAUUUAUUUUAGAGGUACUUCAUUUCACUUGCGUGAUCUUUGUCUUCCUUCUCCUGCCUACCUCAGCUCAGAUUUCUUAACACGCCUCACACAGGGGGGUCUUUAAAGGUACUGCUGUAGUGAUGUUGUUUUGUUUGUUUUUGUUUUUUGGUCACAACCACGUAGCUCCCAUGAACUCAGCCCGAAAGUAAAGUUCUUGGCAAUCCGAGGUGUCCAGAUGGAGAGAAAGGUGCUCAGCCCCUCAAAUGGGAAGCAUUUACUGAGGUGGCUGAGCCCUGCGUGGGCCCUGUUUUCAUUAUUUCAACCAUGGCAGCUGUUUUCAACAUUGUGUUAUGUUAUGUGUUUGGAUCAUUUUCUGUUUUUGCAGUCCGUGAUUUUUUUUUUUUUUUUUUUUGAACCUUUCAAAAGGAACCGGUUUGACUGAAUUUCGUUGCAUCAUUGCAGGCUAUUGUCUCGAUCUCCUCAUUUCUCUUGCCAACGGCAUGGUCACAUGUUUGACCUCAGUGCAGUCCAAGCCCCCGAUGCAGGCAGAGUGAACAGGCCUCAUCAGACAUAUGAGCACUAGAUCGUCCGCUCCAUUAGUGCCUAAUUCAUCCAAAUGUUGAAUUAUCCUCAGAAAAGCAGAUAUGCUCACCGGAAACAAAAGCCCUAGAAGUAUUUUCUACAUUGCAGCCGUAGAAAGGAGAUAGUGACUUUUUAAUUAUACAACUGGAUUCGAGCCAGGCUGGUCUGCUUUUCCCAUGAUUUCAAACUUUAAUGGGUAAAGCCUGACAAAUGUCAGGAAUAAUCAAACACUGGAAAAAUGGGGAUAAUUCAUGUCAAAGUUACAGUAACGAUGCAAGAAUUGGCAAAACAUUGUUUGUCGUGGUAAAUGUGCAUUGCUAAUCCCUGCUAGUGUGGCCUCUAAGGAAGAUCCAGCCAAAAUCAGACAGUAUUUUAAAAUCUUUUUUUAUUUCAUCAGAUGAAUAAUUUCUUAGUGAUAAAAGACAGAAUCAUGGUUUGAAAUCUCUGUUACUUAUUAUUCCCUCUCCUUCACGUGGAGCCACUCAGGCAGACAGGUGGACAGAAUAUGUGUUUAUACUCGAGGGGAAUUACUCAGAAAACUUUGACUGUAGAUAAAAGUCAAAAAAGGCUUUCUUAACCGGACAGGUUGAGUGACCUGAGAUCAGAGGUAUAGGAAUCCUGCGUGGACUUUCCAUUAAAGCCUCGGUCCCACUUCAGAUUCAGAGUUUAACAGCAGACAAAUAGCUCAUAGGUAUAGCAAUGCAACGAGUAGCACUUACUAAAGCCUCAUAUGUGCCUUAUUCAUUCAGAAAUGCUCACAAUCCUAAAUAAGGAAUGUCCCAACACACUAAGCUCUUACCUGUCUGACCAAAGAGGCAAAGUCUUGAUCGCGGUGAACUCAUUAAUUUAUAUAUUGUGCCUUUUUCCCCUUAAAUAUCAGAGUGAAAUGUGCUUUUUGUGUUUCCUUGUCUGUUAUUGUCACAUGUCACUGUGACAAAACGGUGUCGGAGGCCGAGAUGGAAAUGACUGAAUUACAAGCAGCACUUUGGCUCGAGCUGAUUUUACAAACAAGAAAACAAAAUGAAACAUGGAAAAGCCCAGAACCUCCUGCACAUGAAAAAUAGCGUUGAGUGGUACCACAAAAUAUCUGAUGCGAUUUCACCCUGUUCAAGAUCUUUCUCUUUGUGUUGUUUUAUGUGUUCGUUUUCGUUUUGCAAGAAUAAUGAGCUGAAACUGCCUUUUUAUGAGCUUAAAAAACCCUCCAGAACGUUAAGGGAUAUGUCAGUAUAUUUUGGAUACUUUGAGUACAAAACAAGAACAAAAAAAAAAAACAGAAAUGAAAUAGUGUUGUAUUUUAUAUAUAAUAAAACAUUUCAAUAUAGUGACAUGUCACUAAUAUAUUUAUUUACUAAUAUAUUUAUCCAUUUUGUCCAGGUCUGAAAGAGUGGUCUCUGUAAAGACCGAAUGUUUCUAUAUGGGAACUGAUCAGUGCCAUCACAGAUGUAUCAACCUGUCUUCAUUCCAAUUAUAUGCAAAUAAAUUAUUUUGAAAUACAGCGUCUGUGCAAAAGACAUUUGUUCUGCUGGAGAAUCCAAAUAACUCAGGAAGUCAAAUGUGUUUCUGUCAUUUAUGAGGAAUAGUUCACACACAGUUUGGAAUCAGAUACUUAUGUACAGAAAAAAACAACAUCAUACACAUGGUAAAUAGAUCUCGUGCUUGAGGUCCGGCUUGGUCUCAAUACCACAUUGUCCAAAAUGACCUCUGCAAUGUCUGAUUUUUUUGUGUUUUGUUGUUACUUAAAUUCUUUGAUUGCUCAUAAAAACAAAUUUUCACACACAAUAUUCACCUCUGCAAUGUCUUUCGAUUAUUUUAUCAAGACAUUUCUUCUAUGGUAAACCCAUACAAACACAAAUAUGGCAAUGAAAGAGGUGAAUAAAGAGGAAUUGCCUGUUGUAUUUAAGUGAAUGAAUAAAGUAGUGCAUUUCAACUGGCAUCGUACAGAGUACACAAGGAUUUUAAUCUUGAGUUUAUAAUCUUGAGGUAUAACUAAAG